ACCUAGAUUUCAACUGCUUCUGCUGCUGCUGCUGCUGCUUCUCGGAUUCCGCCGGGUUGGGUGGGUAGGCGACUAAAGUAGCUAGUAGCCUUUUUAGUAGCUUUUGUUGAAGCGCGAUUGCUUUGGUUCCGUGCCUAGUAGCUAGCUGCUCUGAGUAACCAGCGAUCAUUUGAUCAGGGCCGUACCGGCUUUUCAUCGCGCACUGUCGGCUCCCAUUCCCUUCCUGCGAAGACUUAUCGUCGCCAGCUCGACUGGAUCUGACUCGCUAGGCCUGAUCGAAGAGCAGCGCGAUAAGUGCUGACCAGUGUACGGAUUUACGAGGUACUCGAGAUUCGCGUGCGUGCCUCGUCGUUCCAGAUCUUCUGCUCUCUGUUUCAGCAAGUAAAUUCGUUCAUUGCCGGUCUUCUGCACGAAUUUGAGGAUUCCGUUUAACGAUUUGUCACUCACGGCUUACCGGCUACUUUACCGGCUAAUCGUCCCAGUCGACCACCCUAACGGCGAAAAUCAGCGAUCCGUCAUAGAACAUAGAAACGUUAUAGACACAAACCCCUAGCAGCAUCGACCACAGCAGUUCACCAUGGCAGCGCCGGAUUUCGCGGAUCUGGAGGCGGUGGACGGCGUGCGGCUGACGUGGAACGUGUGGCCGAAUUCUAAAGUGGAGGCGACCAAGUGCGUGGUGCCGUUCGCGGCGCUGUACACGCCCGUGAAGCGCCUGCCCGACAUGCCCGUGCUGCCGUACGAGCCCAUCCGCUGCAAGUCGUGCGUCGCCGUGCUCAACCCGUUCGCGCGCGUGGACUUCAUCGGCAAGAUGUGGGUCUGCCCCUUCUGCUACCAG